GAUCAUACCGACUAUUUAUCUGGUUGUCAUAUCGAUGUUUCUCACGACGAUUUGUGUAGAAAUCAGCUGAGAGCGAACAGUUUUCUACACAGAUUUUCUUUGGAGGUCAAGAACUUCAAACUGCAACAGGCAGAAUGGCGGAUGACCGUGAAAUUUUAAGAGAGAUUUGGGAAGGUCGUAUUCCAGUUUGCUUUGUUUUAGCAGACGCUGAAUGCUCAACAGAAAACCCAGAACCUUGUGUGCUUAUGGUCUCCAGAUUAACGUACAUCACUCUGAUAGCUGAGAAAAUUGAGAAGCAUUUUAGGAAGUUUACAGCUAUUGAUGAGCAAGACGAGGUCUGGUUUGAAUCCAAUGGACAAGCGCUCAAAUGGCAUUAUCCCGUUGGAGUACUGUUUGAUCUUCACAUGCAUGACAAGCCUUUGCCAUGGAGAGUCACCGUUCAUUUUAAGAAUUUCCCAGAAGAUGAAAUUCUUCACUGCAAGAGCAAAGAGGUGAUUGAAGCCAUAUACAUGUCUAGUGUGAAAGAAGCCGAUAUCCUCAAGCACAGAGGUCAAGUAAUGAACAAUCUGCAGCAGAAAGAUCACAAACAACUUUGGACAGGGUUACAGAGUGACAAGUUUGAUCAGUUUUGGACGACCAACAGACGGCUGAUGGAGAGAUUGAACAAUGAUCCUUUCAAAUUCAUUCCAUUUAAAAUAUUUCAGCCUGACAAGCUGCACACACAGAGGUUGUUCAAACCCGUCAAUGAUGAAGGGGAGCCCAGGACACUACGGGCGCUACUCAAGGAAACCUUGCCAGACAUAUUUGCCGAUCCAGAUACCAAAGAUUACAAGGUUUUGAUUCACGGUAUCGAGACUCCCCGAGACACCCCCGUACAAUGGCUUAGUGAACACCUUAGCUACCCAGACAACUUUCUUCACAUGUGCGUUCUACCAUCACAACUCAACAGUGAACUUUGAUGUUGCGUUGAUAUCGACAACCUGUGCGGUAUAGAGACUCCCAGAGACACCCCUAUACAGUGGUUACCUGAAUAACUUUGUUCACAUGUGCGGUCUACCAUCACAACUCAACAGUGAACUCUGAUGUUGCGUUGAUAUUGACAACCUGUGCGGUAUAGAGACUCCCAGAGGCACCCCUGUACAGUGGUUACCUAUAUGCAAAGUAUAUUUUUUGCCAUAAUUUAAUUGAAGUCAUUGGAAAUAUAGUCACAUUUUGUUAAAACAUCAGGAAAAUUUUUGGGCAUCCUGUCUGGCACUUCAUAUUCAAGUCGUUCGUAAAGUCAUGCGUAACUUUACGAACAUCUUUAUGAAACAACCCCCUGGAUGACUUUCUUUACAUGUGUGUUCUACCAUCACGACUCAACCGAGGAACUCUAAAUGUUGCAUUCAUAUUGACAACCUUUGUGGUUUAAAGACACCUCUGGUCACUGGUUACCUGGAUAACUUAGUUCACAUGUGUGUAUUUCCAUCACAACUCCACCAACAAAUUCUGAUGUUGUGUUCAUAUUGACAAUCUUUGUGGUGUAGAGACUCCCAGAGUCAACCCUGUACAGUGGUUAUCCAGACAACUCUCUUCAGAUGUG